CUCCGCUUUCCUGCGCCAGCGGCGGUGUGUGUGUGUCACCCACCGAGGCUGGGCUGGAGACAGGGUAAAUCCUCAACCGCUUACCCCAAACUGGCAUCGUAGCGGGGGUGACGGGCCGCCCCGGCGAGUUUUAAACCUGAACACCGUCUUGGUCGGACCCCGCUCCUCUCCGUGUCACCACCGCCCGUCCUCCUGAUGUCGGAUUUCAAGCUCGGGAUCGUACGGCUCGGCCGUGUGGCCGGGAAGACAAAGUAUACGCUGAUUGAUGAACAAGACAUACCACUUGUGGAAAACUAUGCCUUUGAGGCACGUAUGGAAGUAGAUGCUGAUGGCAACGGGGCUAAGAUCUUUGCGUACGCUUUCGACAUUGGCAAAGGCCGCUGGGCAGGACGGCCGCUGCACGAGCUGCUCUGGGAGAAGCACAGAGGAGGCAUCGCCCCCAGUUUUCAAGUCAUCCACAUCAACUCCGUGACGGUGGACAACCGGCUAGACAACCUACGACUGGUGCCAGUGGGCUGGAGCCCCAAGCCCGAGGAGAUUUCCAGCAAGCAGAGAGAGCAGUCUCUGUACUGGCUGGCCAUCCAGCAGGUACCGGCCGACCCUGUGGAGGAGCAGUAUCUGGAGCUGAGCCGCACACGCUACUACAACGCUAACGGGGAGCUGGUGGAAGAAGAGGAGUGCUCCUGUACUUAUUACGAGUGUCAUUAUCCUCCUUGUUCACUCAUUGAGAGGAGGCUGCGAGAGUUCAACAUCUGUGGUCGCUGUCAGGUGGCGCGCUACUGCGGCUCCCAGUGCCAGCAGAGGGACUGGCCCGCCCACAAGAAGCAGUGCCGCGAGCGCAAACGGGUACUGGCUCUGGAGUCGGAGCCCGAACGAUGAUCUGUCCUCAUCCUUGACCAGGGGAGAAGGAGAAGGAGGAGGAGGAGGAGGAGGAGGAGGGCAAACAGGGGGACAGGAUUAGACUUGUGGGGAGGGGAGCGUGGAUGAAGUGCAAAAAAAAAAAAAAAAAAAAAAACGGACGGGGAGGGAGGGGAAUUGCUGACGAGAGACUAAACGACGAUGUUGAAGGAAGGGAAGGAGAAUAAAGCAAAAAGACAUCUGCCACUUCCCAGAACUUGUAAUUCUCCAUAGCUUGCUUUUCAUGUGGAUGACGGGGAAAGAUUUUUAUUUUUUUUUCUUUAUUUUUCUCGAGGAGAGAAAACCUCGAGCUCUACCUGCUGCUAUGGUUUUGUAUGUGAGAGGAGGAGGAGGAGGAGGAAGAGGGGGGGGUGGGGGGGAGUUACGCUUGUUGAUGAACUGGACAAGCACCUUCGGACCACAGUCGGAUCCAGGCUGUCGUCGUCGUCAUCCACUUUUGUUCCUCCACCCGGCCGCCGGGUGCGUCGCAAUGUCUGUGCAAACGGGGGACCCAGGGGCCGCAGCAGCGCCCGCCGUUCAGCUGGUACAACGGGACACGGACCUUUUCACUGUAUCCCUCCCUUUCUGACCUCUCUCACGCGUCGCGGCUGCUGAGUCCACGGUCACCGACACCUUAGCCGCCUCCGCCGCCGCCGCCUCCCCCGUCUGUCCGUCGUAUUCCUCAUGCAGCCAACACACAUCAGCUAGAUUUCACUGAUGGAAUCACACUACCAGUAUUGAGUGUGUGUGUGCGCUUGCGUAUGUAUGUCGAUGAAUGUGCCGCCAAUGUGUACUGAAGGACAAUGAAAUGGUCACUGUGGCUUAGGGGUCUGGUUAAUGCAUCUCUUCUUAAAGGGGCCAUAUUACACAGUUUUAAAUGUCCUAUUUAAUCAUAAAUUGGUGGUUUAAAAUAUUUUCACUGUUCUAUAAUAAAGUAGCUGCCAAAUUAAGGCUUUUUUUUUUUUUUUUUUUUCCUUUUUACAUGUUCUACUUUCUUGAUCAGGCUUCUUUCUUUCGGCGUUUAUGAUUCUACACAAAGUUUUAAUUAAUUCCCCGCCACACCUCAAGAACAUUUUUAAGUAUUUUCCUCUGUUUAAAAAAAAAAAAAAAGCUGAUCCUGCCUCUUUCCAUUUUUCUCACUAACACAAAAAGCACUGACAAAAACGUGAGAUUUAUCUGUACCAAAGUCUACUCUGAUCCUCUGUAGCUUGGCCACUUCUCCACGCCGGUUCAAAUCCCUCCAGUCAGUCUUCAGUUCGCUGGGUUUUUUUAACACCUGUCUUUUAUGAAUGGUAUUUUUACAUCUGCAAGCGUUUAAAUGUGUGCGUUGGUCGGGGGAGUGUUGGGGUUAUUUUUCGAAGAGAUUCUAUCAAUGGAGCUAUAUUUAUUUAAAACAUUUGAUUGUGAAACAUGUUUUUUUUUUCUUUUUUUCUUUUUUUUUUUGUCCUGGUGAUAUUUGAAGGCAAACAUAAUAAGCGGUCGUUUUGUGGGACCUUUAUGUCGUUAUCUUUGCAGGGUGGAGGAGGACUGAACAUUUCAUCCCUGUAUACAUAUAUAAUUUUUUUUUUUUUCCUAAUCCUGAGUGAUUGAGAGUGUCCUUCUCGCUGCUGCCUUUCCAUUUUUUAAAAAUUUUUUUUCCAUGAAAACACUGCACACCGUCACUGAAAUCUUCCACGUGAGAGACGUCUCGGAGCGUAAAACUUGAAUCCCCCCAACCUUCGGUGAAACUCUGUUUUAGUUUUUUUUUUUUGUGAACGGAACCAUUUCCCGCUUCUGUUCCCUGAGACACGGCACGUCCAAGUAAAAAAAGACAAAAAAAAAAACUGCUCUCCUCAAUCGCCUGCCUUCCUCGUAUCGCCCGCAGCGCACGCCCCCGCUCAGUGUGUGUCCCCCCCCCCCCGUGUCUUAGGUGGGGGGGAGACGUUUGAUGAGCAUGUGCGCCACAUGCGACUUGUCGAUUGUUUUUUCUUUUGACGCGUGAACAGGUUUUCGACAGUGCACUAAAAAUCUGGCUCCCCGUGUUUGCGUACUUGUCACAUGUGGGCUGAAGGGCGGGGGUGUGAUUUCAACAGAGUGUACAGAUUGUGUCUGAAAUCUUUGUUUUUGUAAGAGUAUACGCAUUAAUCACCUAGAAAUAAAGAGCUACAAUAUGUAAAUGGAAGUACAGCUGAUGGGGUUAACGCACAGUUGCUUUUUCCAGUGUAAAAUGAUAAUAAAUAAAAUGAACCUCA